AUUGCAUUGAGGUGGCAGCCAUUAGCGUUACCGAAAUACAAAUAACCCACCGUUUGGUAUAUAUUUCUCAUCUCAUGUUGUUUUCUACUUCGUACUACAGUAAUCUACGAGGGUAAUAUUUUUGAUAUAUCAGGAAAAUGGGCAGGAGCAGGAGUCGAACUCCUCCUAGACGAGAGAGAAGGCGUUCCCGCUCAACUUCACGGGAGCGCGAGCGAAGGCGAAGGGAGAGGGAUCGCUCUCGUUCUCGAGAUCGUGACAGAGACCGGCGGCGAAGUCGCUCACGGUCUCCUCACAGGAGGCGUUCAAGGUCUCCUAGACGACAUCGCUCUUCCUCCCUAUCUCCUAUGAGACAGAAAGACCGACGUGAGGAUGAACGCAAAGAAGUUAAAGAAAAGGCAGCAAAGCCCAUUCAGAUCUCGGCGGAGGACAUGCAGGGCAAAACAGAGGAAGAAAUUGAGAUGAUGAAACUGAUGGGAUUUUCUUCCUUUGACACCACCAAGGGGAGGAAAUCUGAUGGAUCAGCCAAUGCGCAUGCUGUCAAUGUGACCAUGAAGAGAAAAUACAGGCAGUACAUGAACAGAAAAGGAGGAUUCAACAGACCGCUGGACUUCAUCGCUUGAAAGUAUCAACAACUUGUGAUACCUGAAAAGCUUACCUCCAUUCUCCCCUUACAGUGGUGUAUGAUGUGCUAUUUCCUGUUCUGUCAAACCUGUUUUGUGUUAUGCAAGAGUUCUGUAUAUAGUUUGUUUUUUGUUUUUUUUUAAUAAGCAAACACAUAAAUGUAAAUAAUACUGCUUGCAGUAAGCCACAGUUGAGUGUUGCCAGGAGAUCCACUGUGGACAAAAUGCAUGGAGCUUUGUGUUUUUGAGGUAUGUGGGGUUUCAUUUGAAAUAAAAGCAUUUUAAAAAUA